GCGGCUCAUGGCGGCGACCGAGCUGAGAGGAGUGGUGGGGCCGGGCCCGGCAGCCAUUGCAGCUCCGGGUGGCGGUGGCACCGGUCCCCCCGUGGUGGGAGGAGGCGGCGGCCGCGGAGACGCGGGGUCUGGCUCCGGGGUCGCGUCCGGGACGGUGACGGCGACGACUACGGGCGGCCCGAGCCCCGGGGCCGGAGGAGUGGCGAGCACAGGCCCUGCUCCCGCCCCGCCGGCGGGGGGCUCGGGCGCCGGGGGCUCGGGCUCGGGCUCGGGCUCGGCUCGGGAAGGCUGGCUUUUCAAAUGGACCAAUUACAUCAAAGGCUACCAGCGGCGGUGGUUCGUGCUGAGCAACGGGCUCCUGAGCUACUACAGGUCAAAGGCAGAAAUGAGACACACCUGCCGUGGUACCAUCAACCUUGCCACAGCCAACAUCACAGUGGAGGAUUCCUGCAACUUCAUUAUUUCCAACGGUGGCGCUCAGACCUAUCAUCUGAAGGCUAGCUCGGAAGUAGAGCGGCAGCGCUGGGUGACAGCCCUGGAACUGGCCAAGGCCAAGGCUGUGAAGAUGCUGGCAGAAUCAGAUGAAUCAGGAGAUGAAGAGUCUGUCUCUCAAACUGACAAGACAGAGCUGCAGAAUACCCUCCGAACUCUCUCCAGCAAAGUGGAGGACCUCAGCACAUGCAAUGACUUGAUAGCUAAGCAUGGCACUGCCCUGCAGCGUUCCCUCAGCGAACUGGAGUCCUUAAAACUACCAGCUGAGAGCAAUGAAAAGAUCAAACAGGUCAACGAAAGAGCUACACUCUUUAGGAUAACAUCCAAUGCCAUGAUCAACGCCUGCAGAGAUUUCCUCAUGUUAGCCCAGACCCAUAGUAAAAAGUGGCAGAAGUCACUACAGUAUGAAAGAGACCAACGUAUCCGACUGGAAGAGACCCUGGAACAGCUGGCGAAGCAGCACAAUCACCUGGAGAGGGCCUUCCGGGGAGCUACGGUGCUUCCGGCCAACACUCCAGGCAGUGCUGGUUCUGGUAAAGAUCAGUGCUGCCCUAGCAAAGGGGACAUGAGUGAUGAAGAUGAUGAGAAUGAGUUUUUUGAUGCACCAGAGAUCAUCACCAUGCCUGAAAAUUUGGGCCACAAGCGCACCGGCAGCAACAUCAGUGGAGCCAGCAGUGAUAUUAGCCUUGAUGAACAGUAUAAACAUCAGCUGGAGGAGACCAAGAAGGAAAAGAGAACCAGGAUACCAUAUAAGCCAAACUAUAGCCUCAACUUGUGGAGCAUCAUGAAGAACUGCAUUGGAAAAGAACUCUCGAAGAUUCCCAUGCCGGUAAACUUUAAUGAGCCCUUGUCCAUGCUUCAGCGUCUUACUGAAGAUCUGGAAUACCAUGAGCUGUUGGACAGAGCUGCGAAAUGUGAGAACUCUCUAGAACAGCUCUGUUAUGUUGCAGCUUUCACCGUGUCCUCCUACUCCACUACUGUCUUCCGAACCAGCAAGCCAUUCAACCCACUCCUUGGGGAAACGUUUGAGCUGGACCGACUAGAGGAGAAUGGGUACCGGUCUCUCUGUGAGCAGGUGAGCCAUCAUCCCCCUGCUGCUGCACACCAUGCCGAAUCCAAAAAUGGCUGGACAUUGCGCCAGGAAAUCAAAAUCACCAGCAAGUUUCGAGGCAAAUAUCUCUCCAUUAUGCCCCUCGGUACCAUCCACUGUAUUUUUCAUGCAACUGGGCACCAUUACACUUGGAAAAAAGUUACCACAACAGUACAUAACAUUAUCGUGGGCAAGUUGUGGAUAGAUCAGUCUGGCGAAAUUGAUAUUAUAAAUCACAAGACAGGAGACAAGUGCAAUCUUAAAUUUGUUCCUUAUAGCUAUUUCUCUCGGGAUGUAGCAAGAAAGGUGACAGGGGAAGUGACAGAUCCAUCAGGAAAACUUCACUUUGCCCUUCUAGGAACAUGGGAUGAGAAAAUGGAUUGUUUCAAAGUACAGCCUGCCCCUGGGGAAAAUGGAGGUGAUGCUCGUCAGAGGGGCCAUGAGACAGAAGAAAGCAGGGUCAUGCUGUGGAAGAGGAACCCCCUACCGAAAAAUGCAGAGAACAUGUACUACUUCUCAGAGCUUGCUCUUACUCUGAAUGCCUGGGAAGGUGGCACUGCACCCACAGACAGCCGGUUACGGCCUGAUCAGAGACUGAUGGAAAAUGGGCGCUGGGAUGAAGCAAAUGCUGAGAAGCAGCGCCUGGAGGAAAAACAGAGGCUUUCCAGGAAGAAGAGAGAGGCAGAAGCUCUGAAAGCCACAGAAGACGGCACACCACAUGACCCUUAUAAGGCACUGUGGUUUGAGCGGAAGAAGGACCCUGUUACCAAGGAGUUAACCCAUAUUUAUAGGGGCGAAUACUGGGAGUGUAAAGAAAAGCAGGACUGGACCUCAUGCCCAGAUAUUUUCUGAAGCCGCAGAAACUCAAAGGAAGAGGACUGAUCAGAGAAGAGGACAGAGAAUGUGCAGGAAAGCUGACAGUUGUGACACUUACCAAGUGCUUUCCUCAAGUUUGUCUGUCUUAACCAAUCACUUUUUCCAAAUCAAUCACCAGAAGCAGACACCCAUGGUGGUGAUUGGCUGGUUGCCUUAGCUGAUUGAUGCUGAAAUCGACGUGCUAGAUACCUAUGUUUGUAAGGAAGAGGUUUAGUGGCUGGAAGUUAGUGUUAUUCUACAUCUGCAAAGUCAAGUGUUCUUGGCUCUUCUCCCUCUGUCCCCAUUUAAGAUGAUGUCAUUCACCCACCCCUUGUAGUAUCCUGCUCAGCCAAGAUCUGCAUAAGAUUGUAAUUCAUGAGCAUUUUGGUGCUUCUCAGAGUAAGAACUGAUUCUAAAGUUCCUUUAAAAAGAAACAAGCCAGGUGUGGUGGCACAUGCCUUUAUCCCUAGCACUUAGGAGCCAGAGGUAGGAGUAUCUCUGUGAGUUCCAGGCCAGUCUGGGCUGGAGAGGACCCUACCUCGAAGAAAAAAAAAAAAAAAGAAAAAGAAAAGAAACACCUAAGACUUAACCAGUAGAGGUGUGUAUGGGUGCAGUGGAGCUUAAGCCUAACAUGAAACUGCUCACACAUGGGGUUUGUUUAAUGGACAUCCAUGUGUAGAAAACUAGGAUAGUGGAACGUCUGCAAGAGAGAUUUUUUCUGUAGGGUUGGAAUAUUCAGAGUUUCGUUCUUGGAAGCUUAACUUCACUUGAGUAAAAUACCCCUCCGUUGUUCGGUGUUUGAUAACAACUGCAGGCCAUUUUGGAGGUUGGUAAGAGGGUCUAUCUUCAUGAAGGGGUUAUUAUGGACUGCCUCAAGUGGAGAACUUCUGAGAACUCAGGCAGGGUGGGAAAAGACUGUUAGCCACUUUGACCUUCCCCAUUUCUUCUCACUCCAUCCUUUCAUUGCCUUUCUAGCUUCUCCCUCUUGGCACAAUACCAGUGUGGGUUUGUGCCCCAGUCUGGAGCAAAACAUUGCCUGUACCACUCUGAUACAGUUCAGAAUCUGAGAGACAUUUAUCUGGAACAAAAGUUUUCACCAUCUCUGAAGCCCCAUGGACUGGAGCCACUUCUGGAAUAAUGUGUUAAAUAAUCUGUAUAUUAUAUAUAUGUAGAGAAAAAUCUAAUUUUUUCCCCCUUCCCAUUAAGAAUCUUGGUUUUGAUAUCACUUGCCUCCCUGGGACUUGCAGACACAUUAAUAUGGACUGGCACCCAUUUGCUUUCCAUCCUUUAGGGGCAGAUUUAAAACCCAAGAGGAUUACAUCUAGCACUUACUGCACAGGGACUUGAUCCAGGGUUUGUAUCUUGGGGUGCCCACUGCUAUCUGAACUCUACUCUCCUAAUUACCUGACUCUUAAAGAUGAAACCCUAAUCUCUUUCUUGCCUUUUUCUUUCUGUUUUGGUUAUGGAGAGUGUCAGUAGAAAAUCAGGAGGAAGAAUGUCCAGCUUGCUUCUGCUCUGGCCAGCACACAGGCUAAAUCCCAGCCUUUUCUUUUUAGGAUAUGGGGUUGAAAGUACUGAUGUGUCAUACAGGGAACUGCUCCUGUGCUCCCUGGCUUCCAUUUUUGUUUGUUUUGUAUUUGUUUUCAUUGUCCUUUUGAGAAAUCUAGCCCCUGUGCAACCCACCCUUGGUUGAGGAUCACAAAUUGAGGUGCCUUCCUUGUAUGCUUUUUGUUAGUGUUUUUGUUUUUGUUCCUUAACUGUUGAGCCUCAGCCAGUGUGGGUCCUGGGGAAAAAUAUCAUUCCAGAGGAAGCUAGCCCCCUCCAGGGAAAUGGGAUUUUCCUGGGUUAAAUAAUACUUUUGAUUUCUUUCCCUCCAUCUCUCCCUUCUAGCUGUGGUAAACUUGAGAGGAGCAAGUGCUGGGACUUUCCUAAGAACCCUUUCCCAAUGCAAGCCAGGGGUUAUGCAGGGCUUUCAGGGAUACCUAUACAAAUAGGGUCCUCUGGGAGCUUGGGGCAGUGGAGAUUCCCAGCUGGAUUGAGCAUCCCUGCUUUCAUCCUCUUUUCUUCCUCUGUAGUAUACUCCAUUUCUAGCUUGAUCCCUGAUUCCUGCUAGUGGAAAAAGCCGAGUCCUGAAGAUGGAAUAAAGUCAUGAAAAUGAAACAAAACUAUAUAUAUUUUCAGUUUUUUUGCCUUAUUGCUUUUUUUCCAAAAAAAAAAAAAUCUACUAAAUUAAAUCAUUUUUAAAAAGCUA